AUGGCGCGAACGGCAAGCAGCAAGGGGAGCAGCGGCCGUGAGCGCGAGCUGGCGCGGGUGGCAAGCAGCAAGGCUACCAGCGGGCGCGAGCGCGACGUGAAGAAGCCGCUGCUGCUGGGGAGGUUCGAGGUGGGCAAGAUGCUGGGGCAGGGCAACUUCGCCAAGGUCUACUACGCCCGCAACGUCGGCACCGGCGAGGAGGUGGCCAUCAAGGUCAUCGAGAAGGAGAAGAUCUUCAAGUCCGGCCUCACCUCCCACAUCAAGCGCGAGAUCGCCGUGCUCCGCCGCGUGCGCCACCCGCACAUCGUGCAGCUCUACGAGGUCAUGGCCACCAAGCUGCGCAUCUACUUCGUCAUGGAGUACGUCCGCGGCGGCGAGCUCUUCGCGCGCGUCGCCAAGGGCCCGCUCCCGGAGCCCGAGGCGCGGCGAUACUUCCAGCAGCUCGUCUCAGCAGUGUCCUUCUGCCACGCGCGCGGGGUGUACCACCGGGACAUCAAGCCCGAGAACCUCCUCGUCGACGACGCCGGCGACCUCAAGGUCUCAGACUUUGGCCUCUCCGCCGUCGCCGAGCAGAUACGCCACGACGGCCUCUUCCACACCUUCUGUGGCACUCCCGCCUACGUCGCACCCGAGGUGCUGUCGCGGCGCGGGUACGACGCCGCCAAGGCCGACCUCUGGUCGUGCGGCGUCGUGCUCUUCGUCCUCGGCGCCGGCUACCUCCCGUUCCAGGACCGGAACCUCGUCGGCAUGUACCGCAAGAUCCACAGGGGCGACUUCCGCUGCCCCAAGUGGUUCUCCCCGGAGCUCCUGCGCCUCCUCCACCGCCUGCUGGACACCAAGCCCAUCCGCCGUGCCGCCGUGGACGAGAUCAUGGACAACGAGUGGUUCAGGGUCGGGUACCGCCGCUUCUCCUUCCGCAUCGAGGACGACCGCUCGUUCACCCGCUUCGACCUCGACGACGGCGACGUGUACGCGUCCACCUCGCCGCCGGACACCCCGCGGACGGAGGACGGCGGCGACCGCGCUGACGACCCAGACCUGCACGCGAGGAUGACGUCGUGCGGGUCGGCGCCGUCGCUGCUCGAAGGGAGGCUGCUGGGAAGCUCGGGACGGCGCUCGCGGCGGCGGUCGAGCCUCAACGCGUUCGACCUCAUCUCCUUCUCCCCGGGGUUCGACCUGUCGGGGCUGUUCGAGGACGAGGGGAGCGCCAGCGGCGAGGGCGAGCAGCAGCAGAACGCAGCGCGGUUCGUGUCGGCGGCGCCGGUGGAGGAAAUCCUGGCGUCUCUGGAGAGGACGGCGGCGGCGGCAGCUAUGGCGGUGCGGGCGAGGGAGGACGGGUCCGUGAUCAUGGAGGGGACGCGCGAGGGCGCGCACGGCGCGCUGGCGGUGGUCGCGGAGAUCUACGAGCUCACCACAGAGCUGACCGUGGUGGAGGUGCGCCGCAAGGCCGGCGGCGCCGCCGAGUACGAGGAGUUUUUCCGGGCGAGCCUCAAGCCCAGCCUCGCCGAGCUCAAGUGCGACGAGCAGCCACGCGCCGGCGCCGGCGACACCCCUCGGAAAGUAUGA